CAGCUACCGCCCAGCUCAGUUCGCGUCCGGAGGUCGGAGGUGCAGGUCCGGUGUUCGCGGUCGGGAGCGGCUGUGGAACUCCCCUUCGUCCUCGUCCCUGGCUGUGGGAGGGAGGCGUCUGUUGGGCCUUUCUCUUCGUCCUGCGUGAAGGUCGGCGGCCCGUGGAACCGAAUCUUCGGGAACGAUCCUCAGAGACAAGGAAGCUUCCUACCGCAGGCCCAGAUGUCAAACUACGUGAACGAUAUGUGGCCGGGCUCGCCCCUGCAGUCCCCGGCGGCCUCGGGCGGGUCCAGCCGGCUGUCCUCGGCGACCCGGAGCCGCUCUUCCAGAAGCUCGCGGUCCCGUUCCAGCGGCUCCAGUCGGUGGUCGUCCAGCAGCGGGAGCCGGCCCCGGCGCAGGAGCAGGUCCAGGUCUCGGUCCCGAAGGCGCCAGCAGAGGAAGUACAGGCGCUACUCGCGGUCUUACUCGCGGAGCCGGUCGCGGUCCCGCAGCCGCCGCCGGUACCGGGAGAGGCACUACGGCUCCUCCAGGAGGUACUAUCGGUCUCCCUCGCCAGGCCGAUCCCGCAGCCGGUCCCGCUCUCGGGGGCGGUCGUAUUACCGAAGGGCCUACGCGGUCACGCGGGGGCGGCGCUACUACGGCUUUGGUCGCACAGUGUACCCGGAGGAUCACGGGAGUUGGCGGGGAAGAUCCAGGUCGAGGUCGCGGAGCCCCACGCCUUUUCGCUUAAGUGAGAAAGAUCGAAUGGAGCUGUUAGAAAUAGCAAAAGCCAAUGCAGCAAAAGCGUUAGGAACAACCAACUUUGAAUUGCCCCCUAGUCUCAGAAUUGUUCCUGUAUCUAAAGAAACAAAUCAUGGAACAGCUGUAUCAAAUAAUGGUGCAAAGUUGGAGCUAUCGGAAAAGCUAACAGAAGAUGGAACUAAAAAUGCCAAUGAAAAGUCUUCCCAGCAAAAAAGCACUAGCCCUAAUAAUUCCAUAGCAAAAACUGCUGAAGAGACCUCUUCAGGAUCCCUAAAAAUAAAGCAGAAAAAAAGUCCGUAUGAAUUGUGGAAACCUAUUUAAAAAGAACUGAUGGCUAAGGUUGCUUGAAAUGCACUUUAUUGCAAGUUUGUGUUUUCUAUGGCAUUAUUUCAUUCCUAUGAGCAACUUAGUGGUAAUUGUUAACAUUUUAGAUUUAUUUUGCAGAUAUUAGCACAGAUGGACCAGAGUUGUAUGUACAGGUGGGAGUCUUGUAUAUAUACUUUGUAAAUGUUUUGUAUAGUAUCAAUUGGUUACAUAGAAAUGGAAUUUAUAAGAAAAAGUAAUUAUUGUAUAUAUUUGUAAAUAAAUUUGUUUUUACUA